CAGAAAGGGAACAGUCAUUCAAGAAAUGGCAUGCUGAAGUGCCAUGGGGCCACGGAAGAUCUCUGGAUACCGGAUCAGACGCAGCUGCCCCCCGGCUGCUAUUUUCACUCAGCUUAAAGCACCAUGGGCAGCCAGCAUCUAUACCAUGGACUACCAACAACAACCGGUCUGUCUCUGCACGCCAUGAAGUCCACCACAGAGGAACACGAGCAUCCUGCACACGAUACCCUGAGCUUGCCCUCCGACCCUGAUGAGCUCGACAGUGGCAGCGAAAGCUCGGAGAAAUCCACCGGAGCUGGGAGCCCCAUGCAGGGCCACAGGGAGGCGGGGAGACGCAGAGGGGGUCGUAGACUUGCAGGGGUGAGCAAACAACGUCAGGCAGCUAACGCUCGGGAGCGAGACCGCACACACAGCGUCAACACUGCCUUCACGGCUCUGCGUACCCUCAUCCCCACGGAGCCGGCCGACAGGAAGUUGUCAAAAAUCGAGACCCUGCGAUUGGCAUCAAGCUACAUUUCACACUUGGCCAAUGUACUUCUGCUAGGGGAGGACUGCAGGGAUGGGCAACCGUGUCUGAAAUAUCACAACAUCUUACAAAGCAACACCAACCUCAAAACUCCACCAGUCCGACCCAUCUGUACCUUCUGCUUGAGUAACCAAAGGAAAAUGCUUAGAGACGGGGAAAAGCACACAACUGCGUGACAGCAGAAGUUCUCCCAACUGACCGCUGCUACAUACGAGCUCUCAACUUCUGAAUGUUUACAUGUAAAGAGACAUUGCCUUGCACAGAGACAAAACAUUUAUUUUUUUAUUGUUUAAUCUCUGAGGACAGACAAAACAAGCAACAUGAAAAGAGACGAAUCUGCACUUUUUCUGCAUGUGUGUCCACCUUAUCAACUGUGUUUUGAUUAAUGUAACCGGAGAAUAUGUGUAAAGUUGCACCUGGUGGGAGGCUAUUUCAGUAUCAGAUAUAGUAAGCUACACCAUCCCUCGCCUUAAAAAACAGUCUUGUGUCUGCCUCCUGCACGUCACAUGAUGGUAAUUGAAACCUUGCGGUUUGCAGUGGUCGCUGUCAGUACAACGGUGGGUAAAAAUCUCAUCCCCUCCCUCUUGUCUCCACAUCUAUGCCAGGACCACAAUCUCAACAUGGCUCUCAGGAGACUGUAAACAAGAUUCUAACCUAAACACGAUAAUUUGGGUUGGGCAAAGCAUGCUAAAUAUUUAUUAGAAAGUUCAAGUGGCACAUGACUGAAUGCUAUAGGUGGAAGUAUUUCAUAAUGAGAGCAUAAUCUUUCAUGUCUCGGGAACUGGUGUUGGUCAAGGUACAUGAUCCCUAACAUAAGCCCUGGGUUA